AUGGAGGACAAGAAGAGGAAGUAUAACUCCUCUCAGCAGCAGGCUGGUGCCAGUCGUCCCCGCUACAACAACCAGCAGGGCCCUCAGUCUCGCCCUGCAUAUCAGUCUGGUAACCAAGGACAGCAACAGAAUGUCAGGUACAGCAACCAGAGUCAGCAGACGAGCCAGCGCUACAACAACAACCAAGUGCAGCGCCCCGCUAGUCAGGCGCCUCGCCAGAAUGCCCCAGCACCAUCAGGCUCUCGCCAGAACUCCAACACUGUCCCAAUGAAGCCCAAUGUCAACCCCGCCCCCACUGGAAAUACCUGCUUCAAGUGUGGUCAGCUUGGACACUACGCGAAUGCGUGCCCCCAGAGGCAGAGGAAUAACAACAACAAUGGAAGGGUGAAUCAUGUGAAGUUGGAAACUGCGGAGGAGGCUCCAGAUGUGGUAGUUGAGAAAGGGGAGAGCCCCCGCCUGGGCCGACUUCCGGCCCAGCACCCCGCGCCCCUCCCCUCUCCCCUCGUGCCCAAGUGGGCCGCGGCCCAAGCCGCACGGCAGCGGCCGGCCCCGCACUCACCCCCGCUGCUCCCGCCCGCAGUCGCUGACGCGUGGGCCCCGCGAGUGGGUCCCACCCGUCAGGGGCGGCGUCUUCAACCUCCGUCCGAUUCGGACGGGGUGAGCAACCGCCGCGCCGCCUCCUUCUCGGCUUCCGUGCCGCGCGUGGAUCGAGAACCCCGGGACCACCCUAGCCUAUUUAAGGCACCCCUCGGCCGCCCGCACGCGCCCCUAAACCCUAGCUUCGAAACCCGCGCCGCCGCCGUUCUUGCCGAAGCUCGCAGCGCCGCCGACAAGCUUCUCUUCGCCGUCGUCAACUCGCGAAGGUAUGCACACCAUCGCGUUCGUCGCGCCAAGCCGCGUCCGCCCAUGCCCCCUGCUCGGCCAACCGAGCCUUGUAGCGCCGCCGCCGGGAGCUCCGGGCGGCGCCAAUGGCGCCACCACCGCCCGCCGGCCGUCCCUGCGCCCGCACCGCCCCUGCUCCGGCGCGCGGUCCACCGUGGACCGCGGCCCAGCGCCCCCGCACGGCCGGUCCAGUGGACCGAGUCCACGUCGCCCCCGCGCCUCUCCCCGGUCCACCAUGGACCGGUGGUCCCCCCCGAGCCCCCCCGGUCCACAGCGCCGCCAUGGACCGGGCCAAUCGCCGGCCGCCACGUGGCCAGGACGGCCACGGCCCCCGCGCGCCCCUGCCGUUUUGCGAAAAGGCCCCUGCCUUUCUUUAAAAUUAACCCGCGGCCCGGCUGA